CUACAAUUUAUGUUACCUCCCACACCCAAAAAAUUAUCUUUCAUGGUUUCAUAGCCAAUUUUUCUUCCUCCUCUUAUAGCUUUCAUCUUCUUAAAUUUUUUGAUUUUGAUAUGGUCGUACAAGGUGAAGAUCAAAGUGUAGCUAGUUCGAGAUGGACGUCGGAAAGAAGACGUUUAAUUGUGCAAGUCUUGGAAAUUUGUUAGCCAAAAUCCAAUUUCGGGCAAAGAUCGAAAGAAACCCAAUCUAUGGGAGAACGUUUGGCAACAGUAUGCCGCAAAUUGGAAUGGAUGUGUCCGAUCAAGUUCUGCUUUUUUGGGGAGGUGGAAAAUUCUGAAGUUCAAACUCUAUGAGUGGCAUUAUGCAAGAGUAGUUCGAAUGCGGUUGAUGAGUUCAAUAAAGCACAAAAAUUAUGGCAUGACGGGAUAAAGAAAACGGGGAAGUCAAAAGGUUUGAUUUUUAGAGUUUAGAUUGCUACCAAGUAGUGAUGGGCUUCGCAUAAUUUAGGGACAUCCCUAGCCAUACCGUCUCGACUGGAGGAAUCCAACAUUAGCAGGAGAAGGUCAACAGAUGCAAACACAACCAUCUGUUGACGAUUCUCAUGUCAAUUUGGACAAAGAUGUAGAUGAGGUAACUGCUGAUGUAACUCCAAAUCAUUUGAUGAGGCAUCAAGGAAGGAAGGCUAUGAAAGAAGCUAUUCAAAGAAAAGGAAAGACCAAGGAUCCUAAUCCUAAUCCUCAUUUGACAUUCGCUGCGGAGAUUAUGGCGACCAACCAAAAAGAACUGUCGGCUAAGGAAAAACGCGAUGAGGAAUUUGUUCGACAUCGGCAAGACCAACAACUAGAGUAUAUACGCUUGCAAAUAGAUAUACGAAACGAGGCAUUUAAAAUUCAAGAGAGGGAAUACCGAAUUAUGGAGAGGGAAGACCGAAUUAGGGAGAGGGAAGACCGAAUUAUGCAGAUGGAUACAAGUAAAAUGACACCAACCAAAAAGAAAUAUUGGCAAAGAAAGCAAAAGAAGAUAGCGGAGAGAGAAGAUGAUGGUAGCGGUGGGUCAAACUUUCAAACACAUUUUCUUAGUGGAUACCCACAACCACAUUUCACCGGUGGUUACUAUCCACAGCCACCUUUUGCCGGUGCAUUCACACAAUCACCUUUAACCGGUAGACUCCAACAACCACAUUUCACCGGUGGUUACUAUCCACAGCCACAUUUCGUCGGUGCAUUCCCACAGCCACCUUUAACCGGUGGAUUCCCACCACCAACUUUGAUCGGUGGUUACUAUCCGCAACCACCUUUCCUUCCUCAACCCCACCUUUCACAUUUCUCUACGGAUGAAUCCACCAACCUGAACCCAAAUGAUGAGCAUUCGAGCACAAAUUGAAUUUCUAAUGACGAUGAUGAUUAAGAUAAUUAGGGAGUUAUGUAUUUCAAAUAAUUCUAUUGUUCUUAUUCCUAUGCCUGGCUUGGUAAUUUUGUAAUAUAAGUGUCAUGAAAUAAAAAUUUUAUUUGAAUAA